AUGCCAUUGCUCUUAAAAAAAAAUUGUUCAGGGAACCUGCCUCUAAGCCUGUUGAAGCAUACUAUUACUCUGGCCACAGAAAUUGGCCCAGGAAUAGCUUGUGACCCAAUACAGGCAAGUGAAAGGCAAGAGCAGUAUUACAGGGGCUUUGACAAAAGAUGCUUCCUCACUCUUAAGAAAGAGAUAAAUAUCCCUUGUGCUUGGGAGGCCUGGAAUUGCUAUAACUCUUUAGCUACCAGCGUGAGGAUAAAGCCAAUAUGUAGAACAGGGCACAGCCAAAAAAAUGAGAAAUCAGAACCCUGA